GGUUCGUGUAACGUCUGUCAGGGUCAACAGCCUUCCCCUGCCUGCGACGGCUUUCUCCUCCGUGAAAUCUUCAAUCUCCAUUUUCUCCGGGCGCCUUUCCAGCACUUUCCACCGUCAUGAGCCCUGGUUUCGAUUCCCCCAACAUGGAUACCCGCCACACGCACGCAACCCAGUCUCCAAAUCGUGAACAAGACACCACGGACGUCGAAAAGGCAGAGAAGCUUGCCAAAGAUAAGCGGGCAAGGAAGGAAAUCGGGUAUGCCGGGUACGCGGAACUAAUCGCAUCUGCCGAUAAUUUCUGGAUAUUCCGCCGCUUUGACCGACUGAACGCUCGCGUCAUGCUCUCCAUGCAGGAUGAAAUUGUCGACCUGGAGCAAAACCUGGAUGCGGUGGACAAGACGGCCGCGGCGGAACCCGGCGACGAUGUGAACAACGGCACCCUGCGAAACGACACGAAUGCCCGACGACGCGCGCUCGUCCACACAGCUCGCGAGAAGCUGGGAAAUUACUAUCGCCAUGUGUACUAUUACAGCCAGAUGCGACAACACCACGACGCCGACCCAAAGCACGUCGACAAUACCAUCGCGUGGUUCGACGUUCAGGGCUCGGCCAUUGACGAUGCGGAGAAGGCGUACCUCUCGCAGGAUGAUGCGGUAGCUCUGGUCUCCAUGCAGAGCAGUCCGCUGCGGCGGUUCCUGGAGCGAUGGCCAGCCUUUCGACUUUUUCGACAAUGGCGGAAAUUCGUCCAUUCGCCCACCUUGGAGAACGUGCAAUACCGCGACACCGACAAGAUCAAAUGUUUCGUCAAGUUGAUCACCGUCUCGUUCGUCCUCAUAAUGCUUAUCGCCCCACUCUGGGUGUUGAUGUACCUGGAGAUGACAAUCAUGAAGUUGGUGGUGAACACGGUCUUCACUGCCUUCUUCCUGGUGAUGCUGUCAUAUGUGAGCAAUGCCAGGACACAGGAAGCGGUCGCUGCUACAGCUGGGUACUGUGCUGUCUUGAUGGUCUUCAUGCAGUUACAAGCCGAGAUCAGCCGUUGAUGGGUGCAAGGAGGAGCCGGAUAUCUCUGUUGCCAGGCAAAGCUUAGAACUAUAGGUAGUUCCUUUCUGUAGCUAGACGUCGAUAGUCCUUUCGUUUUCCAAUUGA